AUGGCUAAACAGAAGAAGAAGGGCCAGGCCGGCCAGGCAAAGAACUACAUCACUCGCACCCAAGCCGUGCGCAAGCUGCAAAUCUCCCUACCUGACUUUCGCCGACUAUGCAUCUUCAAAGGAAUCUAUCCGCGGGAGCCUCGAAAUAUCAAGAAAGCAAGUAAAUCGGCCACUCAUUCGACCACGUUUUACUACACAAAAGACAUUCAGUACCUGCUUCAUGAGCCCCUCCUGCAAAAGUUCCGGGAACAGAAUGCGCUGUCGAAGAAAAUUGCAAGAUCACUGGGCCGCAAUGAAGUCCAAGAUGCGGUCAGGCUGGAGAAAUAUGCCAUGCCCAAGAUCAAACUCGAUCACAUCGUCCGAGAAAGAUACCCGACCUUUGUCGACGCCCUGAGAGACCUUGACGAUGCACUUUCCCUGUUGUUCCUCUUUGCGAACCUGCCAUCGACCUCCGCCGUCCCCGCGAAAGUCAUCGCCCGCUGCCAACGUCUGUGCCACGAGUUCGAACACUAUCUCAUCACCACGCACUCCCUCCGAAAGUCUUUCUUGUCUAUAAAGGGUAUCUACUACCAGGCCACGAUCCAGGGGCAAGACAUCAUGUGGUUGGUGCCAUAUAAAUUUGUGCAGAGAAUUACACAAGAUGUGGACUAUAGAAUCAUGGGCACAUUUGUCGAAUUCUACUGCACGUUGCUGGGUUUCGUCAACUACAGACUUUACACCUCGAUUGGUUUGGUGUACCCGCCCAAGUUCGAUGUCGCUAGUGACGAGCGAGGAGCUGAGCUCUCGGCAUUCACUCUUGAAGGCCAUCGUGUCGCUGGAGCCAUCGAGCAGAAGGAGGACGAACAGAAAACACUGACCAAUGGGGAUGGACAGGUGCAGAAUUCUGAGACACUUCAAGCGCAGAUCAACAAGAUCGCUCAGGAAGCCGAUGUGGAGGAUGAUACCAAGCAAGACGAAGUCCCCGAGGAGCAGGCCGACAGUGGCACCAUCGACACUUUCGUUCCUGCGGCGCCCGAAGGUGACACACUGCCGCAACCCGACCUCUCUGGUGACGAAGCCGGCACUCUUUUCUCCAACUUCACCUUCUUCAUCUCCCGGGAAGCGCCCCGCCAUCCAAUCGAGUUUCUACUCCGCGCAUUUGGAUGCAAACGCAUCGGGUGGGAUCCAGUCCUCGGAGAUGGUGCGUUCACCCAUGAUGAGACUGACCCUAGAAUCACCCACCAGGUUGUGGAUCGGCCCGCACUGGCGCAAGCGUUACCUGCCGUGCAAGGCCAAGAAACCCCGAAUGAUCAAAAGCUCCAAGUCGUCAAACCUGGUUAUAUUAUACCAGGCCGGGUUUAUGUCCAGCCACAGUGGAUCUGGGACUGCGUCAAUGAGGGUAAGCUGCUCAGGACUGAUCUAUAUGCCCCUGGAGCCACUCUUCCGCCGCAUCUCAGUCCUUGGAUCAGACCUACCAGUGGGCAGUACGAUCCGAGGGCGACGCUAGAGGAACAAGAGCCUGCAGGCGAAGCUGAUGAAGAUGCCGGGGAUGAUGAAGCGGAGGGUGAGGUGAGCGCGUCUGAGGGAGAAGAUGAAGAAGAUGAGUCUGGGGAGGAAGACGAGGCAGUCGAUGCCGGGGACAUGGACGUUGCCGGCUCAGAGGACGAAUCGGCAGAGGAAGAAGUGGAUGGGUUCUCCGGCUUCGACGAUGCGGAGGAUGCCUCUGACGUAUCUUCGGACCUCGACGAUGAGGCUCAGCAUCAGAAGGAGCUCGAAGCUGAGGCUUCGGGGCGACCGGUUCCUGUUGCUCAUUCCAAGGAAGAAGCUAGGAAAGCCAAAGCCAUCAAAGCUAGGCAGACUGCGCAGUCGAAGAAAGAGGAAGAGAUUGAGCGCCAAAAGAUGAUGAUGAGCAACAAGAAGAGGAAGCUAUUCGAGAAGAUGCAGCAUUCGAACAACAAGCGUGAUUCUGAGGCCGAGAAACUGCGGGCAAAGCGCAGGAAGCUCGAGAAGGCGGGAAAGACGAAGGCUUGA